UAUACUCUUCUCCUUUCCAACCUCCCCUAUAUAGACACAUGUAACGGACUCCAUUAUUCAUUCCCAAAUUCUCAAUCUCUCCGGCCAUCUUCCACCGUAUCCCCACCAUAUCUCCGCCGCACCUGUCUGCUCAUCAUUAUCAAAGAAACAAUUGUUACAGUGAUGGUCACUGACGUCACCUACCUCUACUCAGUUUUGAACCAACAACAAUCGAUUAUGAAUGAAUCUAAAUCAACGGCUCUGAUCACUCGUGAUUUACUCGGUGGUGGUGGUGGUGGUUGCGAUCUCGAUUCGGCUAAGGAAUUAGACCUUGACUUACAUGUUCCUUCUGGAUUUGAAAAACGUCUCGAUUUGAAGUCAGGAAAAGUUUAUCUCCAGAGAUGCAAAUCACCAAACACCUCAUCUUCAUCAUCAGAUCACAAACAAAACAGCUUCGACCAAACGGUUUCAAAGCUUCAGGACCUUAACUUCCCACCAACGUCGAAAAAGCCCUUGAAUCUGUUCGACGACACGAGUCUAGAUCUUAACCUCGUGAACGUAUCAUCCUCACCACCGGCUUACAAAAGUGUGUGCACUUUAGAUAAAGUUAAGUCUGCACUUGAACGGGCAGAGCGAGAAACUAUCAAGAAACGAGCGGUUUCAAUACCUAAGUCGUGUUCUUCCAACUCUUCGUGUUCUGUUAAAGAGACUAUGGUUAUUGAAGAUGAUGACGAUGAUGAACCGUCUUCUCAAGCUUAUGCUGCUGGUUGUCCGAGUUGUUUGUUGUAUGUGCUGAUAUCGCGAAGCAACCCGAGAUGUCCGCGAUGCAAUAUGACUGUACCCUCCCCUACGGCCAUGAAGAAGCCCAGAAUUGAUCUGAAUAUCUCUAUUUGAAGUUUGAUCAUACGAGUAAAUUCGGUUUGGUCCAUCUUACUUAAAGUAAUAUUUUGUAAAUGAUAUUAGUCAACAGGUGAAAUAGAAAAAUAGUUUUGAUUUCGAUUAUUUUUUUUUUGUUUGAAUAUUUGAAAAUUAUGACUUAUGUGAGGAGUUAAAUUGAAGUCAAA